CCCCGCGGGGCUUCCCGUCGCCCGCGGGCCCCCCGCGCCGCUGCCCGGAGGAAGCGAUGGCGUCCCUGGGGGAGGAGGCGGCGUGCAGCCUGAAGGUUAAUUCCAGAAACAGUUGUCGCCAUGCCACAAGCUCUGAGUUUGCAGCAGAGGCUGAGGGUCAGAGCGCCACAGGCGAGGAGGUGGGCAAGAUGCAGAAGAGGCCGCGGGAGCGGCUGCGAGACCAGGGAUCCACAAUGAUCUACCUGAAGGCCAUCCAGGGCAUCCUGGGCAAGUCCCUGCCCAGCCGGAAAGGCGAGACUGCCCCUCGGGCCCGACCAGCCAGGGGAGGCCUCGGGUCAGCUCCCCGGGAGAAACAGGAGAAGACGCAGGAGCCCGCCUGCGUGGGCCGAGCUGAGGAGGAGCAGACCAGGCCGGUACAGGCCAGCAACGCCAGAGUGGUGACUGAGCCCCCAGAGGAGGAGGAGGAGGAGGCGGAGGAAGAGGAGGAGGAGGAGGAAGAGCAGCCCCAAGCGGGGCCACAGGGCGACCAGAGGACUCUGUCCCCUGUUCUUGAGAACCUCUAUCCCCCACUGCAGUUCCAGGAUGAGGCAGACAGCCUGGAAGAAAGUCAGAAGACGGAGGCCCGGGAGGUGCUGCUGGAGUCCAGCUCCUCUGGGAGUGACUGGUCUGAUGUGGACGACGUGACCAGCAUCCGGUUCUCGCAGGAGGAGCCUGUCUCGCUGAGACCCUUGGCGGUCCCCGAGCCUUCGGCUUUCCCCACGGACUAUGUCAUGUACCCGGCCCACUUGUACAGCAGCCCAUGGUGCGGCUACGCCAGCUACUGGGCCAACAGCCCCAAGCCCUCGGCCUUCUCCGGAGGCGGUGGCCACGCCCCAGCGCAGGCGCAGGCGGACAGGAGCGGCCGGAUCCUCCGCAAUGACUGUCCCCCCAGCUCCACCGUGAGCCCCCAGAACUCUUCCAGGGAGCAGAAGGUGGCGGAAGAAGGCCGGUCCCAGAGCUCGCGGGCCCCACGAUUCUCCAGAAGCUCGGAGGAGGUGAAGGAGAGGAGAACGUUCCAGGAGGAGACGCCGCCGCCGCGUCCGAGCUCCCUGCCCAGGGGCCAUCUGGGGGCCAGCCUGGAGGAGGGCUUUAUCGACACCCACUGUCACCUGGACAUGCUCUACGCCAAGCUGGCCUUCAAAGGCAGCUUCGCCAAGUUCCGAAAGAUCUACAGCAGCUCCUUCCCGCGCGAGUUCCAGGGCUGCAUCUCGGACUUCUGUGACCCCCGCACGCUGAGUGACGGCCUGUGGGAGGAGCUGCUGAAGGAGGACCUGGUGUGGGGGGCCUUCGGCUGCCACCCCCACUUCGCACGCUACUACAGCGACAGUCAGGAGAGGAAUCUCUUACACGCCCUGCGGCAUCCCAAGGCCGUAGCCUUUGGCGAGAUGGGCCUGGACUACUCGUACAAGUGCACCACGCCCGUCCCCGAGCAGCACAAGGUGUUCGAGAGGCAGCUGCAGCUGGCCGUGGCGCUGAAGAAGCCCUUGGUGAUCCACUGCCGGGAGGCUGACGAGGACCUGCUGAGUAUCAUGAAGAGACUGGUGCCCCCGGACUACAAAAUCCACAGGCACUGCUUCACGGGCAGCUACCCGGUGAUCGAGCCGCUGCUGCAGCAUUUCCCCAACCUGUCGGUGGGCUUCACGGCCGUGCUGACCUACAGCUCCGCCUGGGCUGCCCGCGAUGCGCUGCGCCAGAUCCCACUCGAGCGGAUCAUCGUGGAGACGGACGCGCCCUACUUCCUGCCUCGCCAGGUGCCCAAGAGCCUGUGCCAGUACGCCCACCCGGGCCUGGCCCUGCACACUGUCCGCGAGAUUGCCCGUGUCAAGGAGCUGCCCCUCUCACACACGCUGGCCACGCUGCGGGAGAACACCGGCCGCCUGUACAGCCUCUGAGUACCGCUGCUGCCAAGCCCUCCAGGACCACCCGCGGCCACUGCCAGUCUGUGCCCUGCAGAAGGGGGAGCCCAGCGGGCAGAUCCUUGGGGACCUCCUGCAGCUCUGUGGGCGGGGAGGGGGCACGGGAGCAUCCCCCGGGCCCCGGGACUGUGCAUGGAGCAGGGGGUGGGCGCUGUGGCCAUCUUGUUCUCUGCGGCCUGGACUUGGUGCCUCUGGCUCACCUGAGCUCUUGGGCUGCAGCUCGGUCCCAGCUCAACAUCCCGGGAAUGGACUUCUGGGGGGCACCUGCUGGAGCCCCAUCUCAGGCCCGUCUUCCUGCACCCACGGAGCCGCCCUCGCACCCUGUCACACGGCACGGCUGCCCGCAGCCACCCGUCCCACAAGCAGAAGGACUCCACCGCUGCUCUUUGGCUUCUGCCACCUUUGCUAUGGAGGGGACAGAGGGACACCUGCCGUCCCGGCCCCCAAAGGUGUUUCUGCUUCCUGGUGCCAGGGGCACAGCUGACAGGCCUCUGGCUCACCACAGAGGCUUCUGCUGGCCUGUGUGGGCCCUGGCCGCCCCUUCUGCGUGCUGGAUCCGGGUGGACCUGCCGCAGCGUGUUAUCAUGGACAGCCCCUGUGCCCUGUGUCUGGGAAGUGCUGGGCUCUGGGGCCUCCGUCCCAGGCCCGCACUUGCCCACCUCCAGGGGAGCUGGGGCUCUUGGACCAGCAGCGUGGAUCGUAUGGGGAACCGGAAGGUACCCUGUGAGCUUGGACAUACUGAGGGAGCAGCCUUGAUCUUUGACGACGGAAUGGCUGUGUGGUAGUGGUAUCUGGUUCCUCUGGGCUCUGGUGUGGCACUGGCACUGCAUGGUGGCCAGGAGGAGCUGAGGCGUACAGCUGGCCCCAGCCAGGCAGGACACCCCCCCACCCCCACCCCCCAACAGCCCUUGGUGCUACAUGCUCUUCCCUCCAGGCGUGGGUGAGUGCUUCUGGGCUCAGACGCCGCGAACAGGGCAGGGCCGUGGGGAUGCAAGUGCUGGACGGUCUCUGGCCGCUCAGCUGGUGGCCAGCGCACUGCUGGAAGGCCUCUGUCCCCUCCCCUGGCGUCUCUUUCUGGAAAUAAAGCAACGGA